UAUUGCCUGCAAACCUAGAAACAUUUGUUUUUGAUGGAACCAAUUCGGUAGUUGAUCUUAAAAAAUGGAUUACAGUGGCGUUUAAUGCAAGUAAUAAUCUGAGAAAUCUUUCCAUCAGCUACAAUGGCAACAUGAUACUGGAAGGGUCUGUUACUGGACUGAACAAGCUUACAACACUGAGAAUAGAACACAAUGGAAAUAUGUCACUUUCAGAAUCAUUUUUUGAUAAUUUCCCAAGUCUGAAAAACCUCAACAUGAUUGGCGUGCGUCUUCCAAAACAGUAUUUCCAAAACGAGUCGAUUCGGCUAUUUAGAAACCUGACAAAGCUGGGAAACCUCGACCUCUCCUCCAGCGAUCUGUUCUACUUACCAAAACACUCGUUUCGCCACAACCACUUUCUCAAGAACCUCUUAUUGUCAUACAACAAUUUUCAGAGUAUUUUAUUCUCCAUGGAAGAUGUUCCACAUUUAGAGACUUUAGAUUUGUCUUAUAAUCAUAUCAAAACGUUGGAUCGGGAUUCCAGAACUUCGUUGGACAGUCAUGCUAUAAAUAAAUCAAAUUUUAUUUUAAAAUUGCACAACAAUCAAUUAAGCUGCAGGUGUCAAAAUAUCGACUUCGUGUUGUGGUUCAAACAAACUGAUUAUAUUUUAAAUUCAAGUUAUGUGCAAUGCACGUAUGAAAAUAAUACAUUGGUUAUUUUCAAAGAUAUUGACGAAGAAGCAUUAUGGCACGAGUGUACGGGAAAACCAGCGUUUUACAUCGUGUCGUCCAUGUUUGCAUUGAUCAUCUCUGCAGCUCUGUGUUCCUUUCUUGUAGUGAAGCAUAAGACUCAGAUUGUUGUGUUUUUCCACAGACUGUUUCGCGGGGUCGCUGGACUCCCAACAAGAGAAGACUUCAGGUAUGAUGUUUUUAUUGGAUACGCUGAUGAAGACAUUGAUUUUGCGUGCAUGCAACUGAGAGAGAUCCUGGAGGACAGGUUUCAUUAUCGUGUUUAUCUUCACGAUCGCGACAGUGAGUUGGGCGGCUCGAGAGCCAUUUCCAUUCUAGAUGGAGUCCACAACAGCUGGAAGAUGAUCCUGGUUUUGUCACAAAACUUUAUCACUGACGAAUGGUCUAGAUACACGAUGCAUGCCGUAGCUUUGUUCGCUGCCUCUGGCCUCAUACCAAAGAGGCUGGUCAUUCUCCUGGACCGAGUGAAUCCGUGCGAGGUUCCAGACACCCUCCUGUGCAUUGCAGAUGAAGACACGAUUCUGCCAAUCCCACGUCCUAAUGAUGACGAUUCGUGGGAACACUUAAAGCGUCUUCUGAAGUGAUUUCCAUGAACUUCAAUUCCCUCAAGUCUCGAGUGGAAGAGGUA